AUGAAGAAAUUAUAUCUGUCGCUAAGUGAAAAGGAUGUAGUGAAAUGUGCAUUGGCAUAUUUAUUAGCUUCACUAUUUACAUUUGUACCAGCGUUGAAUUCAUUGUGCGAUUUCGAUCGAGAUCGUAAUUCGUAUCUAGUUGCUGCGGUUGCCGUGUUCUUUAACCCUGCAAAGACACUGGGUGGAAUAUUUGAGGCUGUAUUUUUUGCUAUCGUUGCUGGACUUUACGGAUGUUUGGUCGGAAUAGCAUCAAUGUCCUGUGCAGUCUGGUUUAAUAACCAUGAUUUGCGUACAUUGGGUCACGUAGUUAGUGUUUUGUGGUGUGGUGGAAGUAUGUUUAUCGUCGCUUAUGCUAAGGCCAAGAUGAACAAGCCUACUUUUAAUAGCGCCUGCACCCUGGCAAGCAUCAUUAUAUUUAUCACUAUAGUGCGAGAAGGAAGUGUUCAUCUCGGUGUAUUUAAGCUGGAUAAAAUAUUUCAAGUUACAAAGAUUAUUUUGAUUGGAGUUGGAAUAAGCUUUUUAGUCUCCGUGCUUGUGUGGCCCGUGAGCGCGAGCAAAAAACUCAAGAAGGAUAUUGAACAGACAUUAGAUGGUUUUUGUCUUCUCCUCAAAUUGCUCACCAAAGCUUUUCUCAUAGACAACGUCAAUUACACGGACGAGUCAGUACAAAGAGCCAUUGCCUCUCAUCGAGCAACAUUCACUUCUCUCAUUACAUCAUUAAAGCAGGCCAGGCUGGAAAUACACAACAGAGGCAUGCAACGUCGAUUUGGCUUAUAUGAAGAUGCAGUACAAGUGCUCCAACGCUUAGCUCAACAUCUCAGUAGUUUACGAAGUUGCUGUGGUAUAGAGUUGGAAAUGAUCAAAGACAUGGAUAAUCACAAUUCCAAGCAAACCGUUCCAUUAACCCCAACACGAACAAGUGGAGUGCAUUUUGACGAUGGCAAUCUGCAUCGUAGACCAAGUGCUCCUGCAGAGGAAGAGGAGUAUGGUGACAUAACCAUUCUGCUUGAAUUCAUCCAAUACGUUGGACCUCAUCUGAAAUCUCUUGCGUAUACAUGUAAGCGAACUAUGAAAGAUCUUCAAGGCCAAUUUUCUGAAACAAGACAAGGCCCGCCUGACUUUCCUCAGCUAUAUCAAAACCUCGAAGCAGCCCUUGCUCUAUUUGAAACAUCUCAGAGUCGCGCUGUUACACGACUAUACAAACGGAAGACAAUUAUUGAUCAUUAUGAUGGGCGAGCGAAUGAAGAGAUUUUUUUAAUAUAUUUCUUCGCAUUCAAUCUUCGAGAAUUCACCAAGGAACUGGAAAGGUUGGUUGACGUGUUUGGAAAAAUUUCCGACUCGGAGGAACGCGUCAAGGAGACACGAAGAAGGCGUGGGUGGUGGCGCUGGUUAUGUUGGUGUUGUUACGGAUGUGUCGAUGAGCUUCAAGAGCCGAAAUAUAGAUCGAAAACCACCAAGUCUCCCAUAGGGUUUCCGGAACACUCUCACAAUCUUUUCGACACUAUUCAGACGCCCAAACCAAAGACCAAAUGGCAACAACUACAAUUGAGGGUGUGGAAGAGACUAUCAUGGUUUAGACAAUUUGAAGUGAAGUAUGCUACCAAAGCAGCUAUUAGUGCUGCGAUAUUGUCGGCACCAGCAUUCAUUGAUUAUACUCGAGAAACUUUCGUGACGUAUCGUGGUGAAUGGGCUUGCAUUUCGAUGAUAGUAGUCAUGGCUCCAACAGUAGGAAGUACGAAUUUAAAUAGUUUUUACCGCGUUUUCGGUACUCUAUUUGGUUCCUACCUCGCCUUCAUAGUCACCAUACUCUUCCCGCCGAACGCUGCAGUUCUCGCUGUCACUGGCUUUCUAAUCGCGAUUCCGUGUUUUUAUAUUCUCCUUAAUACGAAAUAUAAUCGCAUGGGCCAAUUCAUUCUGCUUACAUAUAAUUUGGUAGCCCUAUCAUACAAGGAAAAAAAUGUCUUGGACAUUGCCCGUUACCGUGCAGUUGCAGUGGGUACCGGUGUUCUCUGGGGACUGUUAGUAACUACUUACGUAUGGCCUUACGAAGCAAGAGUAGAAUUGCGAAAAGGACUGAGUAUGCUAUUCGUAAAUAUGUCAUGGCUAUACAAGAAACUGGAAGCAGUAUUUUCUGCAUCACCUGAAAAGCCGGCUAAUAGGACCGAGACAAGCGUUAUGAUGAAUUCAGAUGAUGGUGACCAUUUGAACGAGUCGGCUAGGGAAUUCUUGGAUUUGGAGCUGUUCCUACAAGUGUCGUUGCUGAAACUAUAUGAUCUUCUCAACGAGACUUCUAAUGAACCACGAUUGAAAGGGCCCUUUCCUCAAACGUCAUAUAGAGAAAUCAUCAACAGUUGUCAGAAUAUUUUGGACAAGCUUUUAUCUAUGCGUAUUGCAGUCACUAAAGAAGAAUGGUACGGUGCUAUUAGGAGAGACUUUAUUAUUCCUAUAAAUAAGGAGAGAAGAGAGUUGGUUGGAAAUGUGUUGUUAUAUUAUUACACUCUUGCUGCGGCUCUCCAAUUGAAGACACCAUUACCUCCAUACCUGCCUCCAGCUGAACAAGCUCGUCGUCGACUGAUUAGGAGAAUUCGAGAGUUGCCCGUUGUUAAACGGCGUAUUAUAUAUGGUAAUGAUGUACAUUAUAUAGUAUACUAUGCGUAUGCAUUAGUGAUGGAAGAUGUCAUUCGAGAGUUAGAGAAAGUGGGUAAUAUAAUGCAAGAAUUGUUUGGAUGUAUGGGAGGAGAGGAGUUUGACCUGUUCUUUACUACGGAUGCAACGUCGAAUGACGUUGGAAACGAAAUGGGUGAUACGCAAGGCGAAGAAGACAAUGUCAUUCAUGCAACCGACCCUGAUACCGUGAAUAUUGGAGCCGACCUCGAUCGCGUUCGGAACGAAACGGAUAAUUAG